GAAGAACCCGGAGGUGCCGCCAAUAUUGAAACAGAAAGGAGAUAUUUUUAUGUCUUUUUUUCUUUUCUUUUCUUUUUUUUUGUAAUCUGCUUUACAAAACCACAGUUCUCUGUGUACACAGUAGUCUACAAAUCUAUUGCGUCUAUAACGUCCUGAGAGCAUGAAUCCCUCUGAGCGUUUCUUUGCAAAGCUCCGAAAACUGACUGUUUAUCUGGAGACUGAAAGCAACAGUCUCCUGCAUGCAAGUCAAAACCUCAAAGAUGACGACGAAGAUGAAGAGAAUGGGGCUCAAGCACUAUACCAGCUAUGCUCUGAAGUUAGAGCACUUAAACGGCAAGUUCAGGAUCAGGUGGCUACACAUGAUGCAUCGAGUACUGAGCUGAGGAGCUUCAUCAGAAAAUGUUUAGUGUUGAAGCAGAGGACCACAGAAGACAUUGACAGACUAAAGAAACACUAUGAGAAAUAUGGCUACAGACCGCAAAAAGCAAGACCGGGAAAUACAAAGAUGCACAGUACAAAAGAGGUAGAGGAGCAAGCAGAGAGAGAGCUUGAAAAGACUGAUGAAGCACAGGAAGAUGAAGAGAUGGGACAAGUGAUUUGUGAAGAGGGCCAAGAAUCAGAGACACCUGAGAAGAUGCCACCACCUUCUGUCGACCAGCUGCGGACCCCAAAGCUCUCAGAUUUUGGCCUGUCUGCUCUCCAUUUUCAAAGAGUAGUUGGAGAAGCAGACCCACCACAGAGUAUUGGCCCUGUCCCAGCUGUGGCUCUGUCACCACCACCAUUUGUCAUGAACUUGCAGCCACCCCAGCCAAAGUGCUCACUACGUAUGGACAAGGAUGCACUGACCCCACGACUAGAGGACUUUGGUAUCUCUGAGGAUACUAUGUGCUGGAACAAUGAUUUCACCAUGGAUUUGUUCAGCAAGAAACCACCGAAGGCCAGCAGCAAAACAAUGGAGAAGGAUCAGAAACCCCCUCAUGUCUUUUCCACUGUGUCUGCUGUGCCUAACAAUGGUGUUGCCAAUGAGAGUUUGGAAUCCCCAGAUCCUCCUGUGUUUUGCACCCCAGGAUUUAAAAUUGAGAAACACAGGGUCCCAUCUUCUCCACCACUGGACAGACAGAAAAAUCUUGAUUCUCCUCCUCAUCCUAAUAACUGCCCUUCUACGCCAGAGUUUCCCACAUUUGAAACGCCUUUUGUCAGCAAGCUCCUAAAAAAGCAGGCCAUAGAGGAAGAAAGUGGCAGGCACAGGGGUUUACUGGAGGGCAGCUUUCUCCUACCAGAUGUCUCAAACACGAACAGAGCUCCAUCGUUUGAUGUUUCAGAGAUGCCAAAAAUCUUAAGUUAUGAAGAGGAGGCCAUGCCUGAGAUGCCUACUCUGCACUCUCAUUUUGGGAGUUCUCUUGCUUCUAAACCUGCAUCAGGUGAAAUUCUCCCUGGGAAGAAGAUGGGGGCAGGUAAUGUGUUGGAUCUGAAUCAGGCCCCUGUCCCCUUGCUGGAUGGCCACAACCAGGACUGGUGCCUUUCAACACCAAAAAUGAGAAUGAGGUUCCAUACAGAGCCAUGCACACCAGAGAUGCCUGAUAUAAGUUCCGUCACACAGGAUAUCUUAAAACUUGUGGCUCAGUGCAAGUCUUAAGUACCCACUACUGGAUCUGUGCAGAGCUCGAAGCCAGGCCAUAAAAUAGUGGCACCAAGAAGAGAACUGCAGACAUUUGUCUGCUGCAUUAUCACAGCAGUCAUUCCCUUGUGUUCCACUGACAGUUUAUUUGAUAAACACUUAAGUAGACGUUCUGCUAAAAAAAAAAAAAAAGUGGCUUGGUUAUAUGCAAGGAACUGACUGCAUUGGAAUGAAAUUGCAAUCUUCAUUACAUUACCAAGGAACUAUAUAAAUACCAUUAUCUUGUUCCACUGAUGACUUAUGAAAUUCCAUGACUUUUCCAGUUGUUUUUGACCAAUGAAAUUCCAUCACUUUUCCCAGACGUUCACAAUGACUGAAUAAGUAUUUUUAAGAAUUUUAUAGAAAUUGAACUCAAAAAGAACAACUUGUAUCCAUUAAAAAAUAUUUUAGAGCGAAGAAGAACUAGAAUUUUUUAACUACAGAUAUUUCCAUGAUUUUUCCCUGUCUGGAAAUCACAAUUUAAAAAUUCCCUUAUAUUUACUAAAGGGAUGAGGACUGCUUAGAGACCCUUUAAAGGUAUAGUUCACCCAAAAAUGAAAAUCCUCAUCAUGCCAUCCCAGAUAUGUAUGACUUUGUUUCGUCUGCUAAACACAAACAACAUUUUUUAGAAGAAUAUCUCAGCUCUGUAGGUCCAAACAAUGCAAGUGUGUGGUGGCCAGAAAGGUCAAAAAAAAUCACAAAGGCAUCAUAAAAUAACCUAUAUUACUCCAGUGGUUUAAUACAUGUCUUCAAAAGCUAUAUAAUAGGUGUGGGUGAGAAACAAAUAUUUAACUUUUUUUUUUACCAUAAAUCUCCACUUUUAAAAUGUGAAUGUGGACAUUUAUGGCAAAAAAGGACAUAAAUAUCUGUUUUUCACCCACACUUAUAUUUCUUCUGAAGACAUGGAUUAUUUUUAUGCUGCUUUUAUGUGGUAUUUGGACC